UGACAAUACGGCCUCCUAACCCUGAUCUCUGACCUUUGUGUGAGCCAGAAUUGUAAAAGCAUCAACUCUAUUUCUGUUUUAACUUUAUGUAUUUUAAGUGCUUUUGUACAAAUGAUAGAGUUGCACAAUGAGAACAAACUUUAAAAGCUUGAUACCUACCUCACUCUACAUUGAUUGUCUCAAUACUUUCACAUAAUCUUGUCACUGUAUCCAUCAUGCUGAGAGGAAAUGUUAUUAGAAAGUACAAUUUGUAUAUGAUAAACUAUAUUUUCUGUGUUGCAAAACUGUGCAACACUAGCAAUUACAGUAAAAGUGUGCACGGAUCCAAAAGACUAGGAAAAGCAUUAGUAAAACAAAAUACUGAGAGUCUCAACCAGCCCCGGUGCGUCUUGUCUUACCCAGUGGCCCAUAAUUCCUAGCAACGUCUCUUUUCUUGUGGUUGGUAGGCUUUGACAGUCACCCUCCCAUUGGAGGUUUAGCGCGUCACUAUGAGGGCGGACAGUGGUGUGGACCACACAGCCUGUGUCAGGGGAGGCUGAGGGUGCCGCCUAAAAGCGUGCCGGGUUAUUGGAUACGUGUUGUUGCUAGGGGCGUGGGUUGUGCCGUGAAAUAUUCCAGCUACUUUCCCCAAAACCUCUCUAAAGGGAUGAAAUCUACCAAGACCACAGUGGUAUGAGCCGGACGAGAGAUGCGCCGAGAGCCGCCUGCUCCAACCUGAGGGGGGGGAUACUGUGCCGCAGUGAGCAUAAUCUGAUAAGCGCCUCUGUCCAUCCUGGACUCCGCUCCAGGACAACACUCUGGAGACAGAAAGAAAGAAAAGGGGAAAAAACAAUACGUGGGGAUGGUCAAAGGAACAAUGCAGAGAUGCUGAGGUCACACUUCUCGGAGCUGAUUCAGGUUUUCACCCGCAACACCUGCUAUUUAUUUGCAUCAACCACAGCCCGGGUCGAUGAGCGUUUAGAGGGAAUGACAGCUGCGCACUUGGCCGUCCCGUGAUGUGUCUUUGGAGGGAUUAAUGCGUGGCACAGCCUAAACAUCGCCGCCUGUCCACUGUAGGCCAGUGAUCUGUCUGCGGAACAAAUCACAUGUUUAUAUAUAUAAAUAUAUAUGUAGUAUGCGCCGGAGAGAGGACCUUAUGCAAUGUGGAGGGAAGUGUUUUCGUGAGCUCAUAGGUUGAACUGGCAAUGACAUCAGGCUUAACUUGAAUAGCUCUGUGCUGUAUUGCAGCAAGGUGGACCGGGGCGUGAGGUGGCAGGGAGCGAUGCACGCAUCCUCCGAGCUGGACAUUUUUUCUUGUCGGGAUGUUCCGUGCGUGCUAAACAAAUUCAAGACAUAAGGCCAUACAAAACCCCUGAGCUGGCGAACUGCGUCACUGCAUGCGAGUGUUGCAGGUAGGCAGCAAACUCUCCCACCGCCGGGAGAGCAGCAUGCUCAUCACCCUCCCAACGCUAUGUCGCCGGUAAGUGUUUAACGAUUUACCCGGGGAUGGAUUCGGCGGACGAUCCGAGCAAAGAUCCGCCCCUGGGAUCCACAUUUUCCUCAGCACCCAAUUUAGACUCGGACAUUAAUGCAAAUGCCUGUAGGCCUAUUUACGAGAACGGGACGGACCACAAUGUCAACAUACAAAACGCAGCCCUGCGAGGUGCGAGUGACCCCAGCGCGUACCCCUCCACAGACUACCGGGGACUCAUCCGCCAGAGGUUCAUCCGGCGGAGUUUGUGGGUGUCAGACUCCGAGGAGCAGCCGGUGGACACGCCGGAGUGUGUCAACAGCAGCCCGGUGCUCAACAUCGACCUGAGGACCAUCGUCGAUCGUAGCCGGAACCGGGUUCUUCACCCGACCCGCCUGGGUCUCCAGGAGACUUCCAGCACGGAGAGCCAGGUGGGGCUGAAGGAGAGCGCCACGGAGAGCGCGAGCGCGGAAGAGGACAAGGGCGACAGGAGCGAAAGCGAGGCCAAGGCUGAAGUCGUGCCCUCGGAUGUCACAGGUAAAUCAGGAAGUGACGAGAACGAAGAGGAGCCCGGGAUGAAGGCGGUGUCCACUUCACCUGGGGGGCGCUUCCUCAAGUUUGACAUUGAGCUGGGCAGAGGGUCCUUCAAGACGGUCUACAAAGGUCUUGACACCGACACCUGGGUCGAAGUAGCGUGGUGUGAACUUCAGGAACGGAAACUGUCAAAAGCUGAGAGACAGAGGUUCAAAGAGGAGGCGGAGAUGUUAAAAGCUCUCCAGCAUCCCAACAUUGUGCGAUUUUAUGACUUCUGGGAAUCACCGGUGAAAGGGAAGAAGUGUAUCGUUCUCGUUACAGAACUAAUGACCUCAGGGACACUAAAAACGUAUCUGAAGCGCUUUAAGGUGAUGAAGCCUAAAGUUCUUAGGAGCUGGUGCAGACAGAUUCUCAAAGGCCUCCACUUCCUCCACACAAGGACUCCUCCGAUCAUCCACAGAGACCUCAAGUGCGACAACAUCUUCAUCACUGGUCCCACGGGCUCUGUCAAAAUAGGAGACCUUGGCCUGGCAACGCUGAAGAGAGCCUCCUUUGCUAAAAGUGUUAUAGGCACUCCAGAGUUCAUGGCCCCGGAGAUGUAUGAGGAGCACUAUGAUGAGGCUGUGGAUGUCUACGCCUUUGGGAUGUGUAUGCUGGAGAUGGCCACCUCAGAAUACCCCUACUCUGAAUGUCAAAAUGCUGCACAGAUCUACCGCAAAGUCACCAGUGGGGUGAAACCUGCCAGCUACAGUAAAGUCAGUGACCCUGAAAUUAAAGAAAUAAUCGGAGAGUGUAUCUGUCACAGAUGGGAGGAAAGGUACUCCAUCAAGGACCUCCUGAAUCAUGCCUUUUUUGCAGAGGAUACAGGCGUGAGGGUGGAGCUCAAUGAAGAAGAUGACGGGAAGAAAUCAUCAAUCGCUCUAAAGCUGUGGGUCGAGGAUCCUAAAAAGCUGAAAGGAAAAUACAAGGACACUGGUGCCAUUGAGUUUACCUUUAACUUGGUGAACGAGGUCCCUGAAGUGGUUGCCCAAGAAAUGGUCGAAUCGGGUUUUUUCCUCGACUGCGAUGUGAAGAUAGUUGGGAAGUCCAUCCGUGACCGCGUGGCUCUCAUCAAAUGGAGGAGGGAGCGGACUGUCUCGCCAGGAAAUGGUGAGGCUGCUGCGAAAAAAACGCAGCAGAACCUACUGCAGGUGCCCAGUACCGGUGUGCCACAGGGAGCCACAUUAGCUACGACAGAUUUUGAAGACCAAGAGGUGGAGCAGCAGACCCUGAUAUGUGCUGUGCCAACCACCACAUCUACCACAUCUGACAGUGGAGUGAGCUCUACCAUGCAAUUAGACGAUCUAAACAAUCAGCAAAACGGGCCCUACCAGUCGCUUCCAGAGCCCAUCUCCACAGCUCAGAUGGUCUACAGCCCUCCUGCACAGGCUGACCCUCAACUGCACCAGGGGCCCUACCAGCAACCCACAGCACAGGCCUCACACGAAAACUACACACAACAACCACCCACGCAGUUACACCAGGGAGCCUACCAGCAAACCACAGGUCAGCUGCAUCCUGGGGCCUAUCAACAAACAGCAGCACAACUGCACCAGGGGCCUUACCAGUCUCAAACAGCAGUUUCUGCUCCAGCUACGCCAGCCCCUACUGCGCAGCAGAGUAGACAGACAGCACAGAGCUUCCCAACUGCAGCUCCCGCUCUACAGACACAGGUUACUGUGCAGCCCGGCCAGGAGCAGUGCCAUCUCCAACCAGCUGCUGUCCUGCCCCAGCUGCUCUCUGCUGACCAGCCUGCAUCUCAUCUGAGUCCUCCUGACAUAUCUGCCAGUUUUCCACAGUCAGUCUCCAGUGCUCCUCCCCCACUCCUGCCCCUGCAGAUCAGCACACAGGUACAGGCGAUUGCUCCACAGGGGAAUUUGGGAGAUGUUCAGCUUUUGGCUCCAGUCCACCCUGUUUUACCUGCUGUUCAGACUCCUCUCUGGGGAAGCGGGGUAGAUGCUCCAGAAACCACAGCAGCUGGCCUAAACUUAACUGUAGCUCCUGCAGGUCCACCUCCAGUUCCAGCCCCAGCCUCGAUCUCGGUCUCAGCCGCAGGACAAGUCGAAACUCAAGCACCGGCACAAACUCCAGCUCUCGCCCCAGCACAAACCCAACCACCAGUCCCAGUAUCAGCUCAAGCUGCAGCCAUGCCUCAAGCUCCAGCUUCAAUCCUUGUUAAAGCCCCAACUUCAGUCCUAGUACAGGUUCCUGCCUCUGCUUCAGUCAAAGCACCAGUUGCUACGUCAGGUCCCGUUUUUGAGCCACCAAAAGUCUCAUCUACAAGCUCAGACAUGUCGUCUGUCAUUGGUAAACCCCAACUCAUGGUCCCUGGUUUGGUUUCAGCCCCGAUCCCUGUCACGUUGCCAGCCCCUGUUCAGUCUGCAGCCCCCGCUCCUGCUCCACCUUCUGUCGCAGCUUCAGUCCCAGCUCCAGUUCUGCAGCCUGCUGGCAUCCAGACAGCAGUCUCAUUGCCUGAGUGUGCCAGCCUGGCCACAACUCAGCAAAACCUCGAAACGACAUCUGCAUCCAGCACCCUUCAACAAGAGCCUUGUGUAGAGGAUGUGCUCCAGGACAAACCAGUAUCUUUACCCAGCUAUGCGUAUGACAGUCUCAACUCUGACGUGGCGUCCGGAAAGGAAACAAGCGACGGCUACGACAGCUUGGCCAGCGGGGGGAAGGGUGACGGAAAACCCAGGAAACACCACCGCAAAUCUGCCCGUACGCGUUCCCGCCAAGAAAAGACCAGCAAACCCAAACUUAGCAUGCUCAAUGUUAGCAACACUGGCGAUAAAAUGGUCGAAUGCCAGCUCGAGACUCACAAUCACAAAAUGGUGACAUUUAAAUUUGAUCUGGAUGGAGAUGCUCCAGAGGAAAUUGCCACUUACAUGGUGGAGAAUGGUUUUAUCCUACUGUUAGAGAAGGAGAUCUUCAUCGACCAGCUAAAGGACAUUGUGGAUAAAGCUGAGGACAUGCUGAAUGAAGACACAGAGGGUGAAAGGGCCUCCACCUUGAGUUGUAGUCCUCAACAAGGCCAGUUGUCUGAGGGGCUAGUGGGAGAGAGUCAGCAGCCUGGAGCAUCUCAGCCCGUCUAUCAGCAGAACGUUCUUCACACAGGAAAAAGAUGGUUCAUAAUCUGCCCCGUAGAAGAGACUCCCACAUCCAGCCAGGAGACCCCAUCUGAAGGCACAACUACGCAGUCACCUGGGAGCUCAACCACCACCCAGCCUGCUGAUAGCGGCACUGCAAGGCCGUCCAGAGAAGAGGGGUCGUCUUCUACGAUGUCUGGUGGAAGUGGAGGCUUCACCUAUGACGUGUAUGGAUUCUGCAGUCCUCCAAUAAUGUCCAACACAGACCCACUUCUUUUGGCUACUCUGUCACCUCCUGUGUCUGCACCCCCGACCCUUCAGUCCGUGUCAUCAGUGGAGCCCGCAGGCAGCUCGGUGCAGCCCAGCGUGCAUCAGGCCCAGCCAGCCAGGGCUCAGACUUUGCCUCCAUCAUCACCACAUACGUCUUUCCCGGUGGAUGAGUCACAGGGAUCUCCUCUGGGCUCCGUCUCCCCGACCCACACUGCUCAGCAGAUUCCUGAAAUGACGUGUUCCGUUUCUAUAGCCGAGGAGGUGCCCUGCUGCCCUCUGGUCAUGCCCCUAUCUCUGGAUGUGAGUGGGUCACAGGGUGGGUCCCCUCUCACCCCACUUCCACUCCAGGAGCCAGGUUCAGCCAAGGAGCCGCUGUCCGUCUCCUACCCCUCUGCACCGCGAAGCGAGCGACCACAGCAGCCUGUGGUGCUCCACCAGCCUUUUUCCAGCGUGGGAGGGACCAAAGUGUCCUCACUACCACAGAGCCCCGCGCCGUCCCAGCACACCGCAGGGCCCGGUGAGUCAGAUGGCGAAGGACGGCUCGGCCGGGGUGGCUUUGUGGACAGCACCAUUAAAACACUAGACGAGAAACUAAGGAACUUGCUCUACCAGGAAUAUGCUCCCAUGUAUCCAUCAGGCAGUGCCGCAGAGACGCCAGGCUCCGGCACUGAGUACAUCCAGUCUCCUCCUGGUCCAGACAGCGCCACAGGAGGGUCAGGAAACAGCACGCCAGGGCCGAUGGGGGAGGGACGUUACAGGGCAGGAGAACAGCUGCCUCAAAUCCCAGAGAGGAUGGAUAGUUUGAGCACACUGAGUGACUCGGCUGUGUGUGCCUCCCUGUCAAGAAGACAUGUUCCUCACUCUGCUUCCUGCUCUGGAACAAGAGGUCGAUUUAAGAUAAUCUCUGUUCCACCUGAAGUGGCCAACAGACGAGAUGUGAAACAAAGGAGCUGGAGCAGCGCUGCCUCUCCGGCACACCCUGUGGGAUACAGCGGGGACAGCAGUCAAGCUGAGGCCAUGGUUGCCUCCACCACAAUCGGACGUUUUUCUGUGAUAAGCACUGAGGACGACAUUACACAAAGGACACGUUGCAGCCGCUACUCUGCCCCGCCUGAUUUCUACCUGGACACACCUCCCUCCAUGGCCAAGCGGGGCUCCCUGCCUCGCGCCCUGACCUCGACCUCUGUCCCCGUGGACGUCACGGUCCACGCUCGCUUCCUCUCCUCAGACUCGGGGGCCGAGAGCAGCCCUGCAAAGCUGGCUCCGGCCACCCCAUCUCAACACACUCGCUCUGAGCGCAGGGGAAGUGACCUCAUGAAGAGGGCAGUGGCCUUCCUCCGCCGUUCAGGGCGCAGCAGCAGCGUGCAGAGCUCUGACUCACCAAGCAGGCAUGGAGGCGUGCACGGCUCGGCCUAUGGCAGCAGCGAUAAUGACUCAGAGAUGGAGGACUCAGACAUGAAGAAGGAACUACAGAGACUCAGAGAGAAACAUCUGAGGGAGAUCUCUGAGCUGCAGGCUCAUCAGCGAGGAGAAGUGGAACUGCUAUAUCGCCGGCUUGGCAAAGUCCCUCCUCCUGGCCUGGGUCUCUCGCACGUUGGGCCACACGCCGGCCGUAGAAAGAGGUCCAGCAAGCACAAGCUGAAGCCUGGCAAACUUCUCAGCCCUCUGGUCCAACAGUUUAGAAAUGUCACAACCAAAACUAGUGACUCCAGCAGAUCCAGUGCUGCUACAGGCACAGGUGAGCCCACGGUGAGUUUAAAUGGCUCUCCAGCCAAAGGAUCUUUCCCCACUCACGGCAGGGCACGGUCAUGCACGAGCCACAUUCCCUGCUCGACCUCAGAGCCCGUGCAGACUCAGCAGCCCUGUUCCCUUAAGGGCUCGCUGUCCUCUGAUAAUAUUUACGCUGGACUACACGGCGAUGGUACGGGCACCCGAGCUCAACCCGGACAAGGCUGGUCUAAUUACCCUCAACCAUCUGAGAGAGUGACCUAUAAAUCCAGUAGCAAGCCACGAGCUAGAUUUCUCAGUGGGCCUGUGUCUUUGUCUAUCUGGUCAACGCUGAAGCGACUGUGUCUCGGCAAAGAGCGUGGCAACAGGUCUGCAGCCGGAUCGGGUUCUUUUAAUCAGUCACAGCAGCCGCCCACCGGUGCCACACCUCCUCCUCAUCAGCCUGUGAUGGGGCUGGCUCAAGCUCAGGCCAAUAACAGCAACAACAAGACAGGCACGUACACCGGCACGUCCAUGAGUGCCACAGAAAACAACCUGCCUGAAGACCUGCAGCGGCUGAUGGACGACUGGGCCCAGGAGGUUCUUAUUGUCACCCACAGGCCGCGCACUAACUCUCUGAGCAUCAGCAGGCAGCAGCUGUGGGAUCAGUUUGUGCCUCGAACACAUAGACAUCUGUCUAAUGCUUCAGAUGUAUCGUCAUGGACAGCCCCUGGCCCAGAGGCCUGCAGUCUGCCCCUGUCAUGGCCUGACAGCCCCGGGUCAACAGUGAUGAACACCCCCCCCUCCACAGGGCCCCAUCCCAGCUAUCAGCUGCACUCUCCUGCUCCGUUCAGGGCCUUGACCUCGUCCCUCUCUGUUAGCCAGUGGCCUGAUUUAAUCUUCCCUCUCCCUCCUGGAGUUUUUGCCUUUCCUGCUGUGCCCUCAGCCCAGGACGCCCCCAGCCCCGCUCCAGCUCCAUCAUAUCAGCCACCCGACCCCAAAGCCAGGACUCUCUAACCUGAGUAGCAUUGUGUCUUCCAACUCUUAUUACCAAAAAGAAAUCUCAUUAUAGUUCUAGUCAAUCUUAUGUGCAUAUACUGUAUAUAUUUAACCAGCAUGUAUGUAACCAUAUGUACAUACUCGUCUCUAUUCUGGAGUUUUAUGUUGUUUGUUUCAUUUGCAUCAACAUACCUCAUGUCCAUAUUACAGUACAUACUCCUUGAGUGCAGUGUAAUGGUAGUAGUACAUUUAAAGAUGUAUAGUUCAGGCUUCAAAGUGCAGAUUUUUGUCAUUGCUUACAUACUUUUCCACUCACUGAAUGUACAUAAUUUACUGUUCAUUCAAGCCAUGUUUAUAUAAAUAGUUCAUGUUUGUGUUGCUCAUAUCACCCCUAUAUAUAUAUAUAAGCUGCCGUGUGUAUAUAUGAAUUCUUGUUAGUCUGUACAUAGCUCCUGUGUUUGUACAGUUAACAUUAGAUAAUCCAUAGGGUCGGUGCUGCAGCUAUGUGUCUUAAUGCAACACCUUAUUAGCCACCAUCAUGCCAUCACUGUGAAGACUUGACAUCCUGGUCACUAGGACCGGUCGCUUUACUCUCUGCUCUCUCAGUCCAAGGAUAGGUUUCAUUCUUCAUCGAUGAAAUGCUUCCAGCACAAGCGCUUGAAAUAUCCUUAUGAGAUUUGAAUGAACUUGAACUUUAUCUUCAGGUGGGACAAAAAAAAACACCCCACCUGUGAGAGUGCCUUGAAUUGCAGUUUCAGUUUUCUGAAGACAAGCAUUUAGGUUCAAAGCAGACACUAGAUAUUCUAUAUAUGCUUUCACCUUCAAAGGUAAAUUAUGUGAUUUGAAUACUGAAUGUGGAUUAAAACAUAUUUGAUUUAGCAACAGAACAUAAUUAAACACUAUAAUCUGGUCAUGUUGCAGUUCAUAAAAUAUCACAGAUUGUAAAAAAAAAAAAAAAAAAAAAUAAAAAAAAAAAAAACAACAUCCAAAACAGUUAGGGUUAUUUAAUAUCUUGACUGCAAGUUUUUCCUGGUUCACUGAAGUAAUUUUCUUGUGGGAUUGCUCUGCCACCUGCACCACAGCCUGCAUGAAUACACUGAUAUUCUGAAUGUGCACAGGUCCACAUGGUGAGUUACGGGAGGAUAUUGUUAAGAGAAACUGGCACUGAAACCAUACGAUAAAAGGAGGGCUGAAGGACUCAACGUACGAGUCGAAAUCAUAAUCAUCUCAUACCUCUAAUAAUGCAGUCUGUAGCUUUAUAUAUCGUUGCCUUUGUGGUUUUUAAGAGAUUACUGUGUGGUUGGUGGUUGUUUGAUAAAUGCUGAUGAUAUGACGAUGUUAGAGGCACAGCCGUGGAGAAUGUGAAUUACUGAGAAGCCACAACUGUUUGACAUGUAAUUUGUACAAUGCAUAGGUUUUGUAAAUUCUGUUUAUUAGAUGCUGGCCUCACACAAUCAUCUGGCUCUUACGGCUAAUUGUAUGUAUUCUGGCUGGCUUAAUUCAAAGAUCUCCAACAAAUAUUGCACUAUCACCGUUUCAGUUAUUUCAAUAGUAUGGCCUCAAAAAUAACACUUUCACAUUCAACACUUAAUUAUGCUGCUAAUUCUUCUUUAAUUCCCACUGAGAAAUGGUUUGUUGAAUGCAUUGAUAUUGAUGUAUUCUGUAAAAACAAAGCAGUGGCAAAAGUCUGCAUAGUCAAGAUGUAGGAUGGCUGUGACAAUAAAACAGUUCUUCAAAGCUGAGACAGCCAUCACAGACAAAUUGCUCAGUGAGGAUUCAACUUUACAAAACAGUUAUUUUGUUCUCUUUGUGUCUCCUCUCUUUCCCAGUUCAGAGCCCCUUCAAUUUCAACCUUUUUUUUCCUUCAGUUAAAGGGGUAAUCAAGUGAUUGCAGUAUUGCACUUUCAUACGUUCAGGGGUCUCAGAGAGAGAGAGAUUUAAAGAGCAACAGCAGAGGCUGUCUGACGUUUGUUUCAGACGCUGAAUUUCCCAUAAUACAACUCAGUAACAUCUUUGACAUCAUUAGACUUAUUUUUCAAAUUUGGGAAAGCUUUUUCCAGAGCUACAGAUGACAUUUUACAGCAGUUUGAAGUAGUACUCCCUGUGAUGAGUGAACUGGUUGGAGUGCCCCUGUAAAAUCCCUCCAUGUUUGCACAGCGUGACAAUGAUUUGAUUUAAACUGAAUACUCGUCUUAAAGGCAGAAUUUCUCUCAUGUUGACAUUUUUUCUUGAGAACAUCAUCUAUGCAGCUAUUUCCUUUGUGCUUUACACAGUAAUCCCUGUCUUUGAUCUCUUUGACGCUUGCAGUGAAAGCUGGUUGUGUGUUUGCUUUUGCCUGCUGUAUCACCUGUUUUCCCCACACUUUCCUGACCUCGUCAGAUCGGUACUCUUUCACAAAAGCUGUACAUACUUGAAGACAGUAAUAAUAAAUUCAUUUUUGCUUGACACCAUA